AAAAACCAUAAUUUAAUAGUAGUAGGAAAGAUUUGGUCGAAAAAUUAGUGGGAACUGGGAAGAAAGCACAUAGAGAUCUAGCUCACUGUAACAGUAGACCACUCUCCCGCCCAAAACCACGAGAACGAUAAAAAUGGCGGCCAAACGGUGGAUCGACGGAGACGAGACCGCCGCCGAGAUGCUCUCUAGGGUUUCAUCAGAGCGACCAUUCUUGCUUCUUCCGCCCCUCCACCGCGUUCCUCUCCGCGUCGGCAAUGUGGUCGAGCUCGCCGGCCCCUCUUCUUCAGCCAAAACCCAGAUCCUUAUUCAGGCUGCUGUGAAUUGCAUUCUUCCUAAGGAGUGGAAUGGUGUGCACUAUGGGGGUUUGGAGCGUUUGGUCAUGUUUAUUGACUUGGACUGUCGAUUCGAUGUUACGCGCCUUUCGGAAAUGCUGAAGCACAGGAUCAUGGAACCCAUUGGGUCAAUGUAUGAUCAUGAGGAAUUGUAUGCUGCGUGCAUGAGUCGGUUCUUGUAUGUCCGGUGCUACGACAGUCUUGAAUUUCUUGCCACUCUAAAGACAUUGCACCAUCGUCUGAAAAGAGAAAAAAAGAUGCAUAAUCUUAACAUGCAAUUACUCAUGAUUGACAGUAUUGGGCCUUUCCAGUGGGUAGAUCGUGGAUCAACAUUUUUUCCGUUGGGGAGUCAUAACAGGAAAUGCCUCUCUCUUCAGAGUAUUUCAGAAACUGUAGUUCAGGAGAUUAAAAAGCUUCUGCUGCUGCAUCCCUUGAUUGUAAUAGCUACAAAAGAAAUCGUUUUGGAUAAUGUAUAUGGCAUGGAUGAGGCCAAACAAAAUAAUUAUAUGCUGGAAGAAUCAGGUGGAAGAAGUAUAACAAGUAGUACUCAACGACUUCCAUACCGUGAAUUUAUGCCACCCAUCUGGCAGUCAUUCAUUACACACAAGAUACUUGUACGAGCUUCAGAUGAUCUUCUGCCCAUUAGACUUGAUCAAGAACAUUCUCUUUAUUUUUCGGAAUGGUUAUUGCCGUCACUUAGCUUCCAGGACAAGUUUGUAGUGAAGGAUGCUGGUAUCUUUAUUGUCUCAUGA